ACGUGCAACAAGAUCAUAUGUUUCUGAUGCAAAACUGGCAAUCCGGGUCUCUCUUGUUUGUUCUUUGAUGGAUAACAUAAACUUUGAAUUCUCAAACGCCUCACAAGGAAGCCGGCUACAAUCGCAGCCGCAACCGCCCCAGCCGUUUAACUUACAAGACGUGAAUAUGAUCCAUUACAAUCAAUCAUCUCCAUGGACUACCGAAACUUUCUCUGAUUUUACUCCAUACGACUGCACAGCCAAUCCAUCUUUCUCCGGACAAUGUUCAUUAUCAAAGCCCUAUCCUUCCUCGUUGCAUCCAUACCAUCAUCAAUCUUCCGAUCCUCCAUCCUUGGACCAAUCCGAAUCGAUGGUUCCUAUGCAGCCUCUUCCGGAUCGAUACUUAAAGCCAUUAUAUCAAAGAUCAUGCGCCAACGAUUUCGCCGCAGCAAAUGCUUCAUCAGCCUCAUACUCGCUUUCUUUUGAAGCAAGUCAAGAUUCACAAGGACUAUGUAGGAGUACCUAUAGUAAUUCUAAUGUAACACAACUGAAUUUCUCAUCGUCACAUCAUCAACCUAAACAAACUCAUCCAAGAUUUUCCUCUCCUCCUUCCUUCUCAACCCAUGGAUCAGGGUCCAUGGCUCCUAACUGUGGGACGAUAACCGGGAACAAGACACGGAUAAGAUGGACUCAAGAUCUUCAUGAGAAGUUCGUGGAGUGCGUGAAUCGCCUUGGUGGUGCUGACAAGGCAACGCCCAAGGCGAUACUGAAGCUGAUGGAUUCUGAAGGACUCACAAUAUUUCAUGUUAAAAGCCACUUACAGAAGUAUAGGAUUGCGAAAUACAUCCCUGAUUCUGAAGAAGGCAAGUUUGAGAAGAGAGCUUGUGCCAAAGAGCUGUCUCAGCUUGACACAAAAACUGGAGUGCAAAUUAAAGAGGCACUCCAGCUUCAACUGGAUGUUCAGAGGCAUCUUCACGAACAAUUAGAGAUUCAACGCAACCUACAACUGCGAAUCGAAGAACAAGGGAAACAAUUGAAAAUAAUGAUAGAACAACAACAAAAAACAAAAGAGAGUCUUCUGAAAACGCCAAACACCGAAGCAUCAUUGCCUCUCUCAGCUCCCGAUCACUCUCCACCGCCUGUCUCCAUACAAGACCCCGAAGCCCUGAUGCUAACAAACUAUGGAGACGCUCUACUCCAUUCAAAGAUAGGUUGAAAAAGAAGAGAUUGGUUAACUAGAAAAGUCCUAAAGCAUGUUUCAAUUCUUACUCUAUUCAAAGUGGUAUAAAGUUAUAAGCGUCGCGACAAGAGAAUGGACAAAGUGCUACACACACUAACACUUGGGAGCAGAAUCAGGUACUAAAUGUGGGCAAGUGGUGUGUGAUGGGGUCUCAGUCAUAGACUAAUAGAUGUGUGAGAUUAUUCUCAUUAAUAUUUGUUUUAUUAAAAAACUCACAUAGAGAGAUAGCUUCUUAGAUUAGUAACGUUGCUUUUUAACAUUGUGCAUGAG